UCUUAAAACUUUGCUCAAACCACACCACUCUUCUUUAUUUCUUGCAAAAACCUUAAUCAGUCCAAAAUGAAGAGUUCCACCAAAGUAUUUUCUAUUGUUCUACUUUCUACAUUCAUGUUGGUUCUCAUGAACCAAGUUCCCGGCUCAGAAGCCGCGAACUGCAACUACAUGGAUCUAAUGGUGUGUGCGGGUGCAAUUUCGUCACCGCAACCACCAUCUAGCGAUUGUUGUGCCAAGGUGAAGGAACAACAACCUUGUUUCUGUGGAUACCUAAAGAACCCGACACUUCGCCAAUAUGUCACUCCUGAUGCUGCUAAACGUGUUGCUACACAGUGUCAUGUUGCCAUUCCUAGAUGCUAGAAAGUGAAUUUUGUGUUAUGAUCCUAAAAGUCUUGUCGAGUUCUCUAGUACUAAAUAAUUAUUCCAACCUAAGUUAUUAUAUAUAUAAAAUACUGUAUGCUUUUGGGAGUAACACAAUGAAAUGAAGAAGUAUUAUGAGAUCUUUAAUACUAAUAUAUGUGGCUUGUUUUCA